AUUUUGUCUAACAUAAAAUUUGACUUUGUUUCUUUCCAAUUUUUAGAAGUUGCCAAACGUAACAUACCAAUUGAACUAAAUGAAAUCAACAUAUUCGAAAGAAGUAAACAAUGUAUGUAUGUAGGAAGCAACAUUUGGCUAAAACCUAUGCUAGAAAUUGCUCAACGCUGAUCUAAAUUUAACUUCAGAUUGGGGAGGAGUAUGUGCGAACAGCACUCGAAAUGCAACGAAAUGCGCCGCUUGGGGCACACACAUGUUUCGGGAGUUAUUUAUAGAACCGCAUCCUCAGCCACAGACAACAAAGCGGUGCAUCAGCAUCUGCAUCAGCAUCUGCAUCCCUAGAACGGAGAUCAGUCGAAAUCAGACCAUGGCCUCGUUUGGAGUUCGGGGAAUGGGCCAGCCGCUGGGCAUCCGGAUCUGCUGCUGCCGCAUCUGCACCUGCAUCAACUUCGGGUUCGUUCUGUCGCGGAUCGGGCUCUUGAAGCUGAUGCAGCUGGGCCUGGCCAUGCUCUGCGAGGGACUGCUCAUCCGGUACGGCGUGCCCUAUGCCGACUCCAUUGGCCAAGCCCUGACCAGCUUCCUGGCCACCACGGGUCACUGUUUCACCACCACCGGCAUCCUGCUGCUCUGCUACGCCUUCUCCGACAAAUCCUACAGCCUCAUCCGCCAGUCCCUCUUUGAAACCUUGUUCAACGGCCUCGCCAGCUGCAUGUACUUCAGUUCGUCGAGUUACAUGGGAUUCGCCUGCGUGGUGUGGCUGCAUCCACAGUUCCUGGUGCGACCUGGAUUCUGGGCAUAUCCAGCCAUGACUGCCUGCUAUUACAUGGGCUAUGCGGCGGGCAUUCUGCAUGCCCUUGAUGCCUACUUGGCAUUCCGGCACUUUCGAGGAGCACGCUAAUCCCGGCCAGAGAAAAGCUCUAUCUUCAGUUAUUUGUGGACA